UUGGUAAUACGUAUACUCUACAGGACUCGAUUGGGACUCAAGGACUCCAGAAUGGAAAUGGACUCCGAAGUGGUUUAAAGUAGUAAAAGUUAUGCACAGCUGCCAUGCAGAAGGGGCGUGUUAGCAGAUACUCUCAUACGUAUACUUACAAGAAGGAAGGAGCGUCAGACGCGCACAUAUUCAAUCAGGCAGAUCCCUCGCCCCUUCCCCAAGUUGCUAGACUCUUGACGAUUAGCUUCUGCACAGACUGCAGGCGAAGUUGUACCACCUUUGACACUAUCCACGUCAGGCCAUACUAUCAACACACGAAGAGACCUCACCAACGAUACUUCGAACACUUACUAAUAAAAAGUUGCCCGUACUUGUUAACCUCGCUGGCAGAGACACCGGCCAUGGCUUCCAGAUCGAUACAGCCCGCUGCAGCAGCAAAGAAAUCAAUUCUGACACCCGUGUUGACCCUAGAGGGUCACAAAGACAAUGUUCCGUCCAUAUCCUACUUUCCGGAUGGCAAGCAAAUAAUCAGCGGAUCCUUGGACAAGACCGUUCGGCGAUGGGACCUGCAGGCUGGUAAGGAGAUUGAGGAAGCGCGGCAUUUUUGUGAGCAGGAUGUACGGGUGGUGGCGGUAUCUAGGGAUGGGCAAUGGGUUGUCACUGCUGGUGGAGAUGACGAUCACGGGGAGCUCAAAGCCUAUGAAGUUGAGACGGGCAUCGUGAAGACAUUUCAAGGUCACUCAAAGAGGAUUACCUGCAUCGAUAUCUCCAUGGACAGCACGCUACUGGCGAGCGGGUCGGAUGAUCAUGGAGUGCGAAUAUGGAGCUUGCACACUGGCAAACUCGUGGCUGGUCCAUUCAAGAGUGGUUUUAUUCUAGCUACGACAGGCGCAGUUCGAUUCUCGCAAGACUCGAAGAAACUUGCAGUCGCCAGCUCAAUUGUGGCAAAGUGCCUUGAUGUGUGGGAUGUCGAGGCACAGGAACUGGAUGUCUCAGUUGGUAAAAGUCACUCCGGGGGAGUGACAUUUGCGCCCAUAUUCUGGACAACGAAAGACAAAACCAUCGUAGCCGCUUUCAGUUUCACGGAUGACUCGGACGCCAAGACGAUCUAUGAAUUUGACGCGUCUACGCUGGAGACUGUCAGAGCUCCCUUCGAAGGGCACAAAACGACCAUCACAGGUCUCGCACUUUCAUUCGAUUGUGCUCUCCUCGCUAGCGCUUCAAACGACAACACCAUCAAACUCUGGGCCUUCGAGUCCCGCCAGCUCCUCGCAUCGUUCCACGGUCAGAAUCCAAACCACCCGAUCUACGGUCAGAGUCCAAACCGCAUUGUCCUCUCACCCGAUUCACGCCAAUUGGCUUACACCACCUAUACUGGCAACAAGAUUCAUAUAUGCGACACUCCACCCGAAAUUCUUGCUAGCAUCUGUGCACAGAAAGCUAACGCCAGUACACCUAAAGAUCCACGCCUCGCUAAUCUACUCAAUUCCGACGCGACGCGUCAUGCUGUGCGUCGUAAUCCAGCGACACCGUCUGUCAGACGUCCCGGCCCCCGUCCGCAAAGACAGCUGUCUACAGUAGACCCACACCAAUCAGCUUUCCUUCGCUACCUCCGCAAACUCCUUCAUUCUUCCGAAUCCCGCAUAAACGCAGUUCCUCCUGUUCUGAAUGAUCAGCCUCGUAAUCUUCUGGAUGUAUGUCUCUUGUACCUGUUUGCUCCGCAGCUGACUUGACGUGUCUCCUUGUAGUUCCCUGUUACAUUGGCCCUACCUUCCAAUCGCUUUUUAUUGGCGCAGGCAUCGACUCGGGGGCAUUCACAUAAGGAUCCCCGCGAGAAUUCUCGACCGACAGAGCCGCCCACCACUUUAUCCUCUGGCACCGCCU